AUCAAAUCUCAGCAAAUUUAUUUGUUGAAACAUGGCGGACAGUGGCGGUCUUGAAAUGUUUGAAAGGGAAGAAUUUGAUAUUACACAAAUAAUACGACUUCAGUCGGCUGUUAGAGGGGUUCUUGUCAGAAAAUGGAUGAAAGAAGUAAAGCAGACUUUUGAAGAAACAUUUCUUGAACUUGAGAAAAAUGCUGAACUGAGUGUAGAUUGGAAGACUGAGUUCCCGUGUAAACCAAAGGCUGUUAGAACAAGAGAUAAAUUGAAGAAGGAGAAAAGGAAUAGACAAACAAAUGUUAGUACUGAAAAGGUUAAACAGUUACAAAAUUCAGAAGUAAAUCUACAAAAUGAUAUUCUUGACAAUGAAACUGAUUUUAAAGAGACACCUUCCACAGGAAUAAAACACUUGGGAACUCUAGAGCAUGUCUCGAGUGAAGGUGAAGGCGAAACCUUAAGUGAGAUAUCUGAGGCUGUGAAAGAAAGUCCAAAGUUUAACUCAGUUGAGAUACAGACUAGCUUUAUUGAUAAUAACCACCACUAUCUACCCCAGAAAACUAUUGAACAUGACUGUGAUAAGGAAAAAGAUCAAGGUAACAAUAUCCUUGAUGACUUAGAUACCUCAUGGAAAGAUAGAGUUGAACCUUUUAUUAGAAACAACUUUGGUGAAGUAAACACUGAAGAAGGCUUUGCUGCAAAAGACAAUGAAGUUAGGAAUGAGUUGCAUUUAAAUUUAGAAACUGACAGAGAAAGUGUCCAAUCACAAAGAAGUAGUAAAAGGUCCUAUAGAGACUCAGCAAGAGAAGAAAGUUCAGAAAAUGAUAAACAAGACUCGAUAAGGAAUGAAGUGUUUAGAGAUAAAAGUAAAUUUGAAGAAAGAAUUACAAGAACCUCUGACAGGUCCGAAAAGUCUCAAGCCUCUUUAGGACAGAGGUUUGAUCGUAAAGAUGAAUCUGUAUAUAGAGAUCAAGGGUCUAGUCGUUCAGUGGACAGAAGUUCGAGGUCGGGUAGAAAUGAAACUAAGGAUUUGUCUGCAAGAAGUCCUUCAGCAUCUGACAGAAACUCUCAUAGAUCUGGUAGGAGUAAGAGGUCUAGUGAUAGAGGUCAUAACUUAAAUGAAACUGAAGGAUUUUCACCAAGAGGUCAAAGGUCGAACUCUCCACGGUAUUCUGACCAAAGAAGUCAGAAGUCCUAUAGGUCUGAAAAUCGGUCCGGUCAUUUGAGUAACAGAUUAGAUGUGUCUGACAAAGAGAGACAAAAUACACAUAGGUCACAGGAUGCUAAAUCACAUAGGUCAGAUGGAGGCAAAUCUUAUAGGUCAGAAGAGGUUAAAUCUCAUAGGUCAGAUGGCAGCAAAUCUCAAAGGUCAGAAGAUGCUAAAUCUUACAGGUCUGACAGUGUUAAAUCUCAGAGAUCAAAUUCGUCUGAGGGAAGACUAAGUCAAAAAUCUGAAAGGUCACAAAGGUCAUCAAGAAAAGAUGAAGGUCAAAGGUCAGACAGAAGGACUUCUGAAGAAAAGAUGCUUCCACUGGAGUCUAGAGCUAGCCCUGUCCCCAGCAAACUAUCAGGAAGAGAACAGUUACAGGGAGAUAAUUCACGAGAGGGGAGACCACCUUUACAUGAUAGCACAACUCUUACAAAUGUGACAUCCGUUUGGGACAGUUUUAAUUCUAUUAGAGAGUCUCAUGAUGUAGAAAUGUCAAAGUCACUACCCCAAGAUGCUGGUCAGCUGAAAGAACUACGCAAGAAUAUCGCUAUGGAGUUGCUAUGGGUACAACAAGCUAUAGAUAGCAGGAAAAAUUACUUAAAGUUAAAGGGUCAGAUGUGAAAAAGAUGGACACAGGGGUGAUAAAAAAUGUGAAAAAGAUGGAAACAGGGAUGAAAAAAAAAUGUGAAAAAGAUUGACACAGGGAUGAAAAACUAGGUUGUUUUAAGACUAAUAGUAAAUGUGUAAUGCAGGGAACCAGAUGACAUUUCAGAUUGAGGGAACCAGUAUAAACGUAUCAUGCUUUGAACCAACUGUCUGCUUGACUGUUGAGUCAGACCAGGAAUAUAUCAUGUACACAAUCAACUGUUUCUUGGCUGUUGAAAGGCAUUAACAAUGAAGUAAAUAAGGGCUUUAACUUAAAUGAAUCAGAAGUAGAGAGCCAGCUGCCAUGCAUAGAACUAAACAACAAGUGAGAGGACCAAGAUCAAUAUAUUAAUUAGGGAACCAGCUGCUAUUUAAGUGUUUUAAUUCUUUGUAACCAGAACAAUGAAUUAUGGAACCAAUAUAUAAACAAAGGAACCAGCUGUUACUUAAUUGUUUAAUUCAAUGGAAACAGAAAGCAAAUUAGUGAACAAAGAUUGAUAUAUAAAGUAUGGAACCAGUUGCUUAAUAGCUGUUAGUUUGUAAAUCAUUUGUUUUGAGUUCGAUUGUAUACAUGGUAUAGGAGGCUAUAAGCUUACAGAAUUUCCUUGAAUCUGUUCCUGGAACCAACCAGUAUUACUAAGCAAUGAGUUAAGCGUCUUGCUUAAGGAAACAACUGCUUACCCCUGACAAGCUUUUGGGAGUGGUUGCCUAGUGGUUAAGGUGUCUGCCUCUAAAGCCAGUGAUCAUGGGUUCAAGCCCCUAUCAGGUCACAACCAUGUUUCUUCUUAUAACACUAGUACUGGUUGGUUCCAGGAAGCGGACUCGAAAAAAUUAUAGAAGUUGAAAGAACUUGUUUCGCAGUCAAGCUUAAAUAACUAUAUUUAAACCAAGCAAGCUUCAAAACGACUGAAUGUCUUCCUUUUGAUAUAAGUAGGACAUAUACAUCACAGUGGAAUUCCUGCACAUAUAAGCGUAUUCAUACUUUCUACUUGAAGAAAUUUGAAAGGGAAAUUAGCAUUGUUUGGAAAGAAAAAGUAAACUGAUGAACACUGA